AUGAUCGGAUUUCGUCAACCAGAUCAAAUGCAAAUGUUCAUCGACCAUCCUAUGUCGCUCAUUUGCUCACGCCUCGGAGCCACCGCAAAGGUCGCUAGUUGUCCAGAUGAGAAUUUGGCUGACUUGUCCGCAGAGCUACUUUCCUCCUAUCGUCUUACACGAGAGCUGCAGAUCGAGGGGAUGUCCAUGGAAGGCAUCUUGAACGUCUAUCAAAGGUCGGACCUCAAACCGUUCAUGAUCAGGGAUAUUCUUCGCAGAUGGAAGACCUAUACCAAUGAAGAGGGCUACAAUAUUAUGUUAAUGACACUGGAACGCAGCAGUUUCGACAUAGUGCACAUUGACAUGCACCUCACUCGGUUAUAUGACCUAAAGGUCAUAGAAUUUUCUAAUGCACUGGAUAUCCUCCUGCUCAGUGACUACGAUAUAGUCGGAACUUCUACCAAUCUCAUAGGACUUUGGACUCUGCUUUCCCAUGAGCCAAAGUGGACACUAUAUGGAAGGGGACCGUGUAAACAGCAGCUUCUGCAUCAUAAAGCAUAUUCCAAGGUACUAGAGUAUUUCCAUGGACGUCCCAACGGACUAGCCAAAGCAUGUUCCAAUCUGACAAAUCUACGGAACCUCCUUUGCUUUGAGCCAGAGUGGGCACGAAAGUACAACGUGGUGCGCUACCUAUCGUCGAAUCCGGAUCUUCCAUCGAUCCCGAUUGGUAAUCUGGAUUUCAUCUUAGAGGCCAUCGACGCUUUCGAAGGAGAUGUACCCCAGGUUCAUGACGAGUUCCUCUCAGUUCUCAAAGCCGCCGGUCUCACCGAGCGCUUUCCAUCAGUCCGCCGUGGACUCGACCUAUCACCAAAAGACAUUCUAAACGCCUCCAAUAUGGUUUUUGAACUUUGGCGGAGCAACGGAUUUAACACCCCGAAUGCAUUGGGCUCGUGGCCUACAAAUGACGUACAAGUGGCCAAAGUUGUCAUGAGUUCCGUUCUAUGGGUCGCUGCGUACUGUCCAAGCAGCCACGACUCACUAGUCGAUCAGCUCUACGAAAUCUGGCCGGUGGAAAAGUUAUAUUGGGGGACAACUAAGCCAGAAUACUUAUCUUUACCUCAUUGGGAGCUGAUGAGACGAUAUGGCUAUAACCUUGCUCGAAUUGGGGAUGUUAGACAGACGCUAGAAGCAAGCUUUCCGACCGCUUUGGUGGACGAAGGCUAUCACUGGAUAUGGUUCAUAUUCAACAAUUUUGACAUUGAAGUCACGAAGAGCGACGCCACUUUGAUGCCAACAACAUUCCCCUGGUGGGGACGCGACGAGAGGAUUCUGGAGAUUAAAAGAAUGCAUCGGGCUCGUGGCCUGAACAUAACGUACAAGUGGGAGACGUUCGCCAGGACAGUCUAG